AUGAAUGCAAUAUAGCCACCAUAAUAACAAAUCUAAUAAAACCCAUAGCAGCAAAUACCUUAAUAUCCAAAUUAUCCUCCUCCUGAAAAUCAAGUUAGAUAUGAUCCGAGAACUGCAGCAACAUUUUUAAAUCCAAAAUCAAUUUAGAAAAAAGCUAAAUUUUGUCCAAUUUGUGAUUUUCCUGCAAGCGUGAGAGUUGUAAUAAAUCCUUGCAAACAUUUUAUGUGUUAUGAAUGCUACUACAUAGAUGGUUAAACAUUUUGCAAAUUCUGCAAUGAUAUUGUAGUAUCAGUCAAAAGAUUGGAUGACACAGAGAAAUUUUAUUCUUGUGAUCUUGAUACAUGUUUUAAGUAUUUUGAAUCUGAAUAAUAAUUGGAUGAACAUAACACAUAACAUGCUAUAUUAUUAGGUUGA